AGUCUGUGCUGACUGUCGAAGUUAACUAAGUACUCUAUGCUAUGUGAAGUAAAUAAACGUUGUUUUUAUUAAAUUUAUAUCGUUUUGUUUUUAUAUUGCUUAAUGCCAUAAUACAAAGUGAAAAUAAUCAAUCAUGGCUGGGUUACUAUUAAGUCCAACUGAAAAAGUUUAUAUUCUUCACGGCGUACAAGAUGACUAUCGUAUUGAUGGGCGAUCAAACAUUGAUUAUAGACAUAUGGAACUUGAAACUGAUGUGGUUAGCCAUGCUAGCGGAUCUGCCAGGCUACGACUAGCCAACACAGAUAUACUUGUUGGGGUAAAAACAGAAAUAGAUGUACCAAACCCUGAUAAACCAGGAUUGGGGAAACUUGAAUUCUUCGUUGAUUGUUCAGCUAAUGCCACCCCAGAAUUUGAAGGUAGAGGUGGUGAACAGUUAGCAACCACAAUAUCCAACAUGAUGCAGAAAGCUUAUCAUUCAUCACAAGCUUUUGAUCUAAAGCAACUUUGCAUAUUUGAAGGUAAACAAUGCUGGAAACUAUAUAUUGACAUCUUGAUAUUAGAAUGUGGAGGCAACCUCUGUGAUGCUGUAUCAUUGGCCGUCAAAGCUGCAUUAUUCAAUACGAGCAUACCAUUUGUAAAGGCAGCACUCAUGGAUGGUGGUAAUGUGGAUCUACAGUUGUCAGAUGAUCCUUAUGAUAGCAAAUUAUUAAAUGUUGGAUCUGCUCCUCUAUUGGUAACAUUGUGUAAAAUUGGUGACAAAUGUGUGGUUGACCCUUCAGCAGAAGAAGAAAGCUGUAGUGUGAUAUCUUUAGUAGUUGGAGUCACUGGUAAUUCUAAGUUCUAUUGCAAUCAAGAGGAAGCUAACACACUCCCAAAUAUUGAAGCUAAAUGUAGCACAAUUGGCUUGAAUGGACCUGGCAGUGUUGCCCCACAAACAUUAAAGGCUGCUAUUAACCAAGGCUUAGUAGCAGCAAAAUCCCUUGAUGAAGCAUUGGGAAAAGCACUUUUGCGAGAAAGACAAGAAAAUAUUGGUUCUAAAAAACAUUCAUAUGGCUUCUUAAAAUAAAACUAUUAUUACAAUGAAAAGCUUUUUUUCCCAAUAACCUUUAUUGAAAUACCAAGAUAUAAAUCAUUAUUUUCUAUUUCUAACUAGAAAAUACUUAUCACACAUCCAAAUAUCACAUUUUCACUGUAGCCAAUCAUUCUGGAUACAAGUAAUAGAUAAUAAUUAAUAAUAUAGACCACUUAUACAGGUCAUCAA